AGGGGGAGAAAGCACACCCGCACACACAUUCUUCUCAAUACGAUCAACAUGAAGUCAAAUGCGCCAUAUAAACGCGUUCAGUUCAAACUGGACAAAAUUGCAGGAACGAAACCAAGGGAACUAUAGUGGAUCCCAUCCUCCGACGACCUAAAUCCUCACACCUCCUAGAUCUCUGGAGUCCCCGCCAUAUAUAUAUGUCAUAUUAAAUAAAUAUACAGCAAUACCAUACGUACACAUACACCACAAUGACGGCGGUGAAGCAUCCUGAUACGGCGUCGUAUGGCCAGCCCCUCCUCUCCGAACCCCAAGCCUCUUACUCCCAACCACCACAAUACGUCAUCGUUCUACCUCCCUACCUACCCCCCUACCGCCGCCGUGUCCGCCGUGAACCAUGCUGGGGACGCCUAAUCUGCUGCGCCGCCGUCCUCCUCAUCCUCGUCGCCGCUGGGUACCUCCUCUGGCCGUCCGACCCUGAGCUCUCCGUCGUUCGCCUGAACCUUGACCGCCUCCAUUUUGAUACGCGCCCCCAAAUCUCACUCGACCUAACCCUAGACACGACGAUUAAGGUUCGGAACAAGGAUUUCUACUCCCUCGACUAUGACUCUUUGAUCGUUGGGAUUGGGUACAGGGGGAGGAGACUAGGAUUAAUGACUUCGGACGGUGGACAUAUCAGGGCGCGUGGCUCGUCGUACCUGAAUUCCACGCUCCAGCUCGACGCCGUGGAGAUGUUGAGUGAUGCUAUUCUGCUGCUCGAGGAUUUGGCUCGAGGUUCGAUUACGUUCGAUACGGUGUCAGAGACUAGUGGGAAGCUGAGGAUUUUCUUCUUUCACGUGCCUCUCAAGGCAAAAAUAAUGUGUGAAGUCGUCGUAAAUACGCGUAAUCAGACAAUUACCCACCACAGUUGCCACCCUUGAGGUGAAUGUCCAGAUUGACCUCAUACGUUAAAUAACAGGUACCGGGGUGAAUUAGUAAGGCAGUUGUUUACAUCAACUGGGCAAUCAUUGAAGCAGAGAGAAACCAUGUAAAUUGCUCAAAAGGUUUCCGAUAUGCAUCUCCUUGUAAUUAUAUAGUUUGGGAAAAUAUUGUUAUGAAUGUAUUAUAUAACUUAAACACGCAUCACCCCUUUCUAUUUGACAUCUGGAAGAAAAGUACACAUAGAUGCACAUACCUGUGGUUUCUUGGUCAUGUAAUAAUACACUGCUACUAUUGGUGCACAUGAACUAAUUAUAGCAAUCCUUCAUAUUAUUGGCUUUAA